AUGGUUCCAUUUUGUGUCUACCUGCAGCGUGACGGUUUCAACCAGAAUCCCUUGUUUGAGUGCCUCGUUGCGCAGGUGCCAGAAGGAAGUCAAUCGAAAGAAGGUUUCACAAUUGUUGGAUACGCCCUUUACUUCGACAUCUACAGCACAUGGAAGGGGCGGUCCAUGUAUUUGGAGGAUUUUUAUGUGAUGCCAGAAUUCAGAGGAUUUGGCAUUGGAAAAAGUUUACUGAGCACCGUUGGUAAGGUGGCCAAAGAGAAGCAGUGUGCACGGUUGCAGUUGAGGGUGUUGGACGGGAACACCCCGUCGCGAGACUUCUACGCUGCAAGAGGAGCUCAGGAUCUCACCGUUAACGAAGGCUGGCACAUGAUACGGUUUGAUGGUCCAGACUUGGAGCGUUUGGCAAAAGAAACCCACUAGGAAUAGAAGUGUCUUGAUUAUACGUCAUUGGCAAUGUGAACAUGCAGCAUAGAGUUCAUGUGCCGGCAUGCGUGCGGUCGCUGGAUUUCUGUUUAUAUGCAGCUCUUUCUACCAGCUGCCGUGCCACAAAGGAAAAAAGUUUUCUCCACUACACACUCUGUUGUAGCGUAUAUUGGUUGAAAAGAAAAUGUAUGUAAUUCAUUUGGAAAAAGAUACGAACGCCUGGGUUAGUCCGAUUUACGCUUUAUUCAUUAAAAUCAAACUAAUUUGUCUCGUAAAGGGGCACCGCGUCACUUUUUAUGGAUAACAUUUGGGGAAAGUGACGAGACACGUUUUUAUCAGUCUCGUAAUCUGAAGGUUGCUACAUUUGAUAAAAUAUCUAUAUGACAGAGGCUUACUUCAACUCAGAACACACAACAAAGAGUGGAAUUUGGGGUAUAUUUAAUGACAUUACAAGGGAUCUAGAGGGAAACACACAAAGGGGUCUAACUAAAAAAAGAAAAUAACGCUAAAAAGACGAAAAAUAGGCAUACCAAAAGGGAAAUAGAACAACAUGUGUUGGACUAAAGUUGAGAACGGGAGCGUUUAACGCGUCCAGUCCGGACGAGAGAGGACAGUUAGGAUUUGGUGUGAACGUCGCCCGAAGAUGGCUGGGAUGGGCUCCGGCACGCCCGCCACCCGCGUGAGGAGAAGCGGAACGGACGAUGAAUGAAUGAAUGUUUAAGCCUGUUAUUUUCCUGUCGGCCAUUUUGGAAAUGGCGUCAUUGUUGGCUGCCCGUCAGAAGCAGAGCGCCGUGAACCAUCACUAAACAUUUUCAACGGGCUGCAAAAUGGGAAUGGUGAAGCUGCAAUAGGCCACAGCACAGUCAAAAAGUUGUUGUUCGCCUUUUGACCGUGCUGUAGCCUAUCACAGCUUCCCCAUUCGCAUUUUGGAACCUUUUUGAAGACAAUUAUUGGUAGCUUAAAUGAAAUUGGGUCCAUUUAUUUUUGACUGAACCUCGUGUAUUAAAAAGUGUUAUAUA